GUCUCUCUCUCCUCUUCGGCCAUCCGCGUUAUCCUAAAUCUCUCGUCUCAACCUUCGACUGAAGCCUUCGCAGUCGCAACUUGGAGAAAGGAAUGGCCACCAUUUCCGCACUCUCUACCUCACUCUACUCAUCUAUCCCUCACCGAGGCGUCGUUCCCCGUUCUUUCCGCCCCCUUCCUCGUCUCCUCUCCCUCUCCUUCUCUCCGCUCCCAUCCCCUCUCAUCCGACGGAGCCUCUUCCUCCUUCCGUCGAAGCCCUUCCCGGCCUCCUGGAGAUCCCGCAAGGCCGUCGCCGAAGGGGAGGCCGCGGCCUCGGAGGAGGAACCAACGGCGGAGGCAGUAGCGGCUGCGGCAACGACGGCGGAGGAGGAGGAUGCCACGGUCGCCGUCGCGGUCUCGCCCUCGGACAUGCUCACCAUGUUCUUCCAGGCCGAAGGAACAAUGGAUGAGUCGGCGAUUUCUGGUGUGAGCAAGGCUUUAGAGGGACAGGAAGGAGUCAGUGAUUUGAAUGUUCGAGUGGCUGAGGGUAUUGCAACUGUUGAGUUAACAAAACAGACGACGGUUCAAGCUACUGGAGUGGCUUCCAAUUUACUUGAGGCCAUACAAGGAGCAGGCUUCAAGUUGCAAGCUUUAAAUUUGAGUUUUGAGGAUGAAGAGGAUGCUGUCAGCUAAUUUUAUACGUUGAUGGAUUUCUCCAUGAUGAUAGGUUUUGUCGUGUUCUUUCUUGGUGUUCUACGGUAAUGUGAAGAUGAUGCUAAUUUUCACACUGUUAAAUCUUAUUCUUGUUUGUCUAAGUAAUGUAUCAUGGGAAAUUCCAUGCUGUGUGCAUGCUUCAUGCCGUUAAAGGUCUAAAACAAUUGGAUCUUCUAGAUUUCCUGUAGUUCAAUGUGAUAAAUAUUUUUGUAUUA